AUGGCGAAUUCCUCAGGUGAAAACGCCACCACAAACAACACCACCACAAACAACACCACCAGCGUCCCUGCUGCUGUGGAGGAGAAGCCCAAGACCGUGUGGACCGAAGACAUGGACCGCAAGCUGCUCCUCUUCUCCAUGGGCAACGAAAUCGCAUCAGAGCACUACAAGAAGAUCUCCAACGCCUUCGACGAGAAGCCCACCCCGCAAGAAAUCUACGAGCGCUUGCUGGAGCAUCGUCGUCGCCAGACUGCCGCCAUCGAUGCCAGCAACGGGAGGCUCGAACACCCGCACACGACCAUCCAUCCUCCGGUGCAGGAUGAGGAGGAGAAGGACGGCGAGGAUGCGGCUGAGAAUGGGGAGGAGGGUGCAUAG